AGAGAGAGAGAGAGAGAGAGAGAGAGAGAACCAAGAUGGGUUGCUCGUUUUCAGGUAUGAAUGCUCUGUACGGUGCCGUCAAUGGCGGAGGAGAUGUUUGGAUCAAUGAGAACCGUUUCAGGAUACUGAGGCAGCUCGGAGAAGGUGGUUUUGCGAAUGUUUAUCUCGUGAAGGAGGUCGGAAAUGACUCAGCUGUUGGUGGUGGCGUUGCGAAGAGAAUCAAAGACCCAUCUCAUGUUUCGGAUGAUGGUACAUAUGUGAUAAAGAAAGUCUUAAUUCACACAAAUGAUCAGUUAGAGUUGGUGAGGGAGGAGAUUCAUGUCUCGUCCCUUUUUAGCCAUCCCAAUCUACUUCCACUUCUGGAUCAUGCUAUAAUUGAAGUUAAGGGAACACAGGAAGGAUCUUGGAAUCAUGAAGCUUACUUGCUAUUUCCAGUUCAUUUGGAUGGAAAUUUACUGGACAAUGCUAAGAAUAUGAAAGAAAAAAAGGAGUCCCUUUCCACAAUGGAUGUUCUUCAGCUAUUCCAACAGGUAACUGAGGAUUCACAUUUGUUUUCCUUUUGCUCUACCAAUUUCACAAUUUUAAUUGUUAGAUUUGUAUAGAUUGUUUUUUUUUAC